AUGGAUGGAGUUCAUGUAUGUGUUAAAGUGAAGCCUGAACUGCAAGGAAUGUACUGGAAUCGACAUGAUAGGACAUCAUUUAACAUCAUGGCGAUAUGUGAUCUAAAUAUGUUGUUUACAUAUGUUUGGAAUGGAGCACCCGGAUCAUGUCACAAUACAUCAGUUAUCACGAUGGCACAUGACGGUGAUUCUGAAUUUCCUUUACCUCCAGGAGACAAGUAUUAUGUAGUUGAUUCUGGGUAUCCACAUAAGCAAGGUUUUUUGGCUUCAUAUAGAUCUUCUCGGAAUGAAGUUAUUAGAUAUCACAUGUCUCAUUUUAACAAUGGUCCUCCUCCUAAGAAUAAAAAAGAACUUUUUAAUCGAUGUCAUGCAUCUCUACGUUCUGUUAUUGAAAGGACGUUUGGAGUUUUGAAGAAGAAAUGGAGGAUUUUGAGUGAAUUUCCGAGAUAUGAUACUGCAGUUCAAAAGAGAGUGGUAAAGAUGGGCAGAAGAGAGAUAGAGAUAUGCAGGGGACCAAUAGCUGUGUAG